AUGAUCAUGAGGACGUUGUUCGCGGUUCAUCCUGUAUCAUUGAUGUUUGUAUUCACGGUCACUGCCAUUGGCGGCAAUUACAUGGACAUUAAUCUACCCCAUGAUCACGUCAAGUAUUAUUUCAAUUCUUUUCCCACGACAGCAGAAAAUUGCCGCAACGAUACGACAUGUCCUUAUAAGGAUAUUGUCGGUACAAAAGCUUGUUGGGGCUACGAGCAAGACUGUAAAGCGGAAAAUUCUUUUUCCGUCCCACACUGUCCAGGAGAUCAUAAAGGAUGGGUCAAUACAAAAAAAGCUCAAUUGGAUACGUAUUACGCGCAAGGCGACUUUGGAUAUGUGCGCGAACAAAGAAAAGAGUUGAUGUUAUUAUGCGAGCCAUUAUUUGUGGAAGAUUCAUCGUUGGAGUGUUCAGAGCACAUGAGGUUCUGUAGGGCGAGAAAUGUGAUGCUAAAUUUCACGGAUUUGUUAAAUCGGAAAGAACCAAUACGAUAUAAAAUGGAUGUUUUAAAAGAAGGCCAAAUAGGUGGCUACUGCACGCUGAACGAAAGGAGACUGCAAGAAAAUGCGGAUCACAUAAGCCCGCUGCAAUCUUGGGGACCUGAAUUGCGAAAUUUCCGUAAACUAUCCCGUCGGCCGAUUGUUCAUGGCGAUUGCAACGUGGUUAUUGAAAAACCGACUUUCAUCAUGAAAAUAGACGCUAUAGUGAAUAUGUACCAUCACUUUUGCGACUUCUUCAACUUAUAUGCAUCAUUGCACGUGAAUCUCUCGCACCCAUCUGCCUUCAACACUGACAAUCAUAUAAUGAUCUGGGAAAGUUAUAGUUAUCGGUCGGCGUUUCAAGACACCUUCGAUGUGUUCACGAAAAAUCCACUGUGGGACUUGACAACGUUCCGAGGCAAGACUGUGUGCUUCAGGAAUCUAGUGUUUCCCUUGUUGCCGCGAAUGAUAUUCGGCCUUUACUAUAACACACCACUAAUUUAUGGCUGUGAAAAUUCCGGAUUGUUCAAAGCCUUUGGCGAUCAUGUGCUAUACCGACUUCGAAUACCUCUUCACGAAAGGAAGGAUCGAAAGAUCCACGUUACAUUGUUAAGUAGAGACACUCGCUACAGAAAGAUCUUGAACGAAGAUGAGUUGGUGAAAGCUUUGCGGAAAAAUUCGGAAUACACCGUUAAAAAGGUAGUGUAUAAUAAAAAUAUGCCAUUUAAGAAGCAGCUGGAAAUCACGAGGAAUUCAGACAUUUACAUUGGCAUACACGGUGCUGGAUUGACGCAUUUGAUGUUCCUACCAGAUUGGGCGGCUGUAUUCGAAAUAUACAAUUGCGAAGAUCCUAACUGCUACAAAGAUCUUGCACGUCUGAGAGGUGUGAAAUAUUUCACAUGGGAAAAUACAACGAAAUUAGUGCAACAGGAUCCGGGCACACAUCCUGAUGGUGGAGCUCAUGCGAAAUUUACAAACUAUAGCUUCGACGUGAAAGAAUUCCUGAGAAUCGUAUCACUUGCGAGAAAUCACGUAAAGUAUCAUAAUGCGUUCAAGAAGUUCCUCAACAACGAUUAUCAUGCUGGAGUGCAUAAUGACACCAAGCCGACAAAUAAUAAAAAGCCAACGAGUACUCCUAAAGCCGAAGAAGUAAUUCGAUUACGACAGAAGUCGGAUAUAUUAUCCAAAGAUGAGUUAUGAACAAGAUUUAGGUACUAAAUAAAAACAAUUGUGCGUAUGGUAAUAGUACGAGGGAUGGUGUGAUCUGAACACGCACUAAAUUUUAAAUUUGUUACCGAGAAAAUUCUCUUUACUUAUUUUUAUACGAGAGAAAGUGUACAUACUUAUUUUAAUAAAUAAUAAUAGUGAAUGCUUAAUAAAUUUUGA